AUGGCUGGCAACAACAACAACACCAACGUCCCAAAACCUGAUCCCUUCCACCUGCAACAGCUCAUCGAGGGUUCCACCCCUGAGGGGACGAAUCGGCCUAGGCGGGAAGGGCAGCAGCAUACCGCUGACGGGCAAAGGGGACAGAGGCAUGAGGCCUCACAAUCCAACAGAAGACAGCAACUUCAGAACGUUGAACAGGUUCAGAACCUGAACGAAACUAACGCCAGAGACGGGCAGUUUGCUUCUUCGUUCACCCAUACCUCCGAGAGGCGAAGAGUUCACUACGAAGACAACCAAGAACAAGACGACAUCCCCGAGGAAGCCGACCCCACAACCAUCCUCUUGCUUAAAGAACUGCAGAAGACAAACCGUCUCCUCCGACUUCAAGGUGACCGCAUUCACGAGCUAGAGAGGAAGCGACGAUAUCGUUCCCCCUCGCGGAGACACUACCGAUCGCGCUCCUACUCUUCCUCGCGCUCACCACCGAGGAGGUAUCAUCGACGUUCCCCAUCCUCUUCGCGCUCCCCGCCUAAGAGGUAUCGUCGUCAGAGAUCUUAUUCCCGCUCUCCAAUGCGAAAGAGCAGGAAAAAUCAGAGACCGAAGACCACAGAAACUGGAAACCUCUCUCCCGAACGGGUUUCCCGAGGGCCUUCCAAAGCUGUGUUGAAAUCCCGCGAGCGUUCCCCUCCCCAGGACGACCGCUCAAAUCCAGGCAGGGCUCAUGCGAAAUCCCGGCGAGGCAGACACUCGACCUCCCCGGGACCAAGUGACGAGGAAGACUUCCGUAGCCCCUUGUCCGAAGAAAUCCGAAGAGCUCGUCUUUCACGAGGGAUGGAAAAACCGCCGACCUUGGACCUAUACGACGGGACUACCGAUCCCGAUGACCACAUUCGAAGCAUCGAAGCUGUAACACCCUUCUAA